CCGCGACAAACAAGAACCAGAAAUAUUGUCCGAAUUUCUCCCACCAUUCAAAAUCUCAUCCCCAAAAAAACACCCAUUACUCAAAAACCAGAUAUCUUCGUCUCUGCUGCGGAUGUUUUUCUCUGCGCACAUUUUAGAGAGAUAGAGAGAAAUACAGAAAAAAGAAGAAGAAGAGAGAAAAAAAGAAUGGCGUUGGCUUUGGCUUUCAGGAGGCUUUCCUCCUCCGUCGACAAACCCGCCAAACGCGGUGGCUCUAUAUACUACAUGUCAUCUUUGCCUAAUGAAGCGGUGUACGAGAAGGACAAGAACGGAGUUACGUGGCCAAAGCAGUUGAAUGCUCCACUGGAAGUCGUCGAUCCUGAGAUUGCCGACAUUAUCGAGCUCGAAAAAGCUCGACAGUGGAAGGGACUCGAACUAAUCCCGUCGGAAAAUUUCACUUCUCUCUCUGUGAUGCAAGCAGUCGGUUCGGUUAUGACUAACAAGUACAGUGAAGGAUAUCCUGGUGCCAGAUACUAUGGAGGAAAUGAGUACAUCGAUAUGGCCGAAACACUCUGCCAAAAGCGCGCUCUAGAAGCAUUCAGGCUGGACCCUGCUAAAUGGGGAGUGAAUGUGCAGCCUCUAUCGGGAUCUCCGUCAAACUUUCAAGUCUACACUGCUUUACUGAAACCACACGAGCGAAUUAUGGCACUCGAUCUUCCUCACGGAGGACAUCUCUCUCAUGGUUAUCAGACUGAUACGAAGAAGAUAUCUGCAGUCUCUAUAUUCUUCGAGACUAUGCCUUACAGAUUGGAUGAAAGCACUGGCUACAUUGAUUAUGAUCAGCUUGAAAAGAGCGCUGUACUCUACAGGCCAAAAUUGAUAGUCGCUGGUGCUAGUGCUUACUCACGUCUCUAUGAUUAUGCUCGCAUUCGAAAGGUUUGUGACAAGCAGAAAGCAAUUUUGCUGGCAGAUAUGGCACACAUUAGUGGAUUAGUUGCAGCUGGAGUUAUUCCGUCGCCGUUUGAAUACGCGGAUGUCGUGACAACAACUACCCAUAAGUCACUUCGUGGACCCCGCGGUGCCAUGAUCUUUUUCAGGAAGGGUGUUAAAGAGAUCACCAAGCAAGGCAAAGAGGUGUUGUACGACUACGAAGACAAGAUCAACCAAGCUGUCUUUCCCGGACUUCAAGGUGGCCCACACAAUCACACCAUCACUGGUUUGGCAGUUGCACUUAAACAGGCAACGACUCCAGAAUACAAAGCGUAUCAAGAACAAGUCCUGAGCAACUGCUCAAAGUUUGCUCAGACUCUAGUCAAGCAUGGCUAUGAACUUGUUUCUGGCGGAACCGAUAACCACUUAGUUCUUGUCAACUUGAAGACCAAGGGUAUUGAUGGUUCGAGGGUAGAGAAGGUUCUGGAAGCUGUCCACAUAGCAGCCAACAAGAACACUGUUCCUGGAGAUGUGUCUGCCAUGGUUCCCGGUGGAAUCAGGAUGGGAACCCCUGCUCUUACUUCUAGAGGAUUCGUCGAGGAGGAUUUCGCUAAAGUUGCUGACUUCUUCAAUGCUGCUGUGAACAUUGCUUUGAAAAUUAAGGCCAAAACUUCAGGGACAAAGUUGAAGGACUUUGUGACGACAAUGGAGUCGAGUUCUUUCCAAUCCGAGAUUGAGAAACUUCGCCAUGAUGUUGAGGAAUACGCUAAGCAGUUCCCCACAAUCGGGUUCGAGAAAGAAACCAUGAAGUACAAAAACUAAAUCCAGGGGCUAAAAUGAAGAAUUUGGAGAGGUGAAAUGGGGAAUGAUGAACUAAAGAUAUGUGUCACAUACUCAUAUUUGAGGAUGUGAACUCAAAUUUCCACAAUUUGUUUCCUAUUUUCUCCCUCAAUAUUAUAUUUAUUAAUUAUUAUUAUGUACAUUAACAAACAAAUUUGGAAUAAAUAAACUGCGGAAUAUUUACAAUUUUACAGCUACACUUAUGCUUCUCUUCUUCUUGUGAUUGGCUGAUGGCUGUGGUUACUUCUUUUCUUGAAGUACUUGUAAUUCUAAGAUAUUUGUUUUAGUAUGAUAUUCAAGAUUUUGUUGUUUA